AUGUCCGAAUUUCUAACAAAGGUUAUGAAAAGUUUAGAAGAAAUUGGCUAUCAAGGCCUUUCUAGCUUUAUCUAUGACGGAAAGAAACUUAAAUGGCGAAAGAAUUUUGAUCAAUUAAAGAAAUUUAUCCAAGAUCUGCUCGGAAUCGAAGGGACAUGGUCUUCCCCUGGUGGUCAUGCAAAGCGAUUUAAAUCGCAAAACGGUGAACUUAUUCUCAACUAUUAUACCAAGAAACAGAAUAUACUAUUUUAAGGGACUUAUGGAAACGAUUUAAAGAAUAGAGUGAUAGACCAACUCAACAAGGUUAACCAAACCUUUGAUGAGGACGAAGUCGAAAGCAACGCGAUAAAAUUUCAAUGUCAGGACGAAGGCCGUGAAGAAAGCAAACUACGAUGA